AUCAAAAUUCAAUGUCAUUAUAAACAAUUUUCAAACAAUUAUUUGUGUAAAUAAAAAUUUAGGUUUUAAGGAUAGAUAACACCAAUCUUUAAUUAUAUAGGAACAGUUUUGGCCAAGAUUUGUUAAAGUUAUACACAAAAUGUUUGCGCCACAAAUAAAAUCCAAAAUUAUUUUAACCGCGUUAAUAAUUUCGAGCAUUUUAGUAGUACUAUCAGCGGUGUUAAUAAUUAAGGUAUUUCCCGAUGGCAUAAAGGCUGAAAUUUACAAGAGCGUACAAUUAAUAAAAGGUAACGAACAAUAUGACCGAUUUGUGGAGUUACCCUUUCCCAUUAUUUUCAAAGUAUAUUUCUUUAACGUAGAAAAUGUAGAUGAGAUAUACAAAGGCGCAAAACCUGUCAUUAAAGAAAAAGGGCCAUACGCAUACAAACAGUACAGACGAAAAACAAUUCUUGAUGUAAAUGAAGAAGAAGAUACCAUUUCUUACACACAAAAAGAACGAUUUGAAUUCGAUCAAGAAGCCUCUGGUAAUUUUUCAGAUGAAGAUUACAUCACAAUACUAAAUGCUCCUGCUAUUAGUAUGUUGCAAAUGGCUGAACCGUUUAAUCAAAUGGCUGGAGGUUUAUCCCAGUGUUUGGAUGAUAUAUUUCCCAACAUGAGCAGUAUAUUCAUCCGAGUUAGAGUCAAAGAUAUUCUUUUCGAUGGAGUUAGAUUUUGUGUUCGACACUUUUCCUCUUGCGAGGUUCAGAGGACUCUUGCAUGUAAUAUAGCAGCAAAUUUAAAGAAUGUUGAAAAGUUACCUGAUGACUCUUUGAAAUUUUCCCUUUUUGGCUAUAAAUCUAAGUCUGACGAUGGAAUUUAUACGGUAAAAAGAGGCAUAAAAGAUGUACAUUCUCUUGGUCAAAUUAUAAGGUGGAACAAUGCGACGUAUACUGAUUACUGGCAUGGUUUAGAAAAAAACACUUCCACUUCCUGUGAUAAAGUUCAAGGCACUGAUGCUACUUUAUACCCCCCUUAUGUUAGAAAAGAUUAUAUUUUUCAAAUCUACUCUACAGAUAUAUGCAGAUCUGUCGAAAUUAAAUUCUCAAAAGAACAAGUUUAUAAAGGCAUAAAAGGGUAUUUAUUUACCGCUGACAAUACAACAUUAAGACCUAAAACGCCCAUAAAAGAGAAAGAUUGCUUUUGUGCAAACAAAACAAGAGGAAUCGAUGGUAAAAAAUCCUGCUUUUUGGAUGGAGUUAUCGACAUGGAGCCAUGUACAGGAGUGAAUGUAUUAUUAUCUUUCCCCCAUUUCUUAUGGGCUGCUGAAAAAUAUCUUAAAGGUGUAGAUGGACUAAAACCAAAUGAAGAUCUACACAGUACAUUCUUGCUCGUAGAACCCGAAACAGGAACCCCUUUACAAGGAUUAAAAAGAAUUCAGUUAAAUGUUGUUCUACGACCAAUUCCUUAUGCUAAACAAACAAGCAAUCUUCCAAGAGCAGUAUUACCGCUGCUGUGGAUUGAAGAGGGUGUUUCGUUAACAGAUGAAUAUAUCAUAAAACUGAAAGAAAUGUAUUUUAAUAAAGUUGCCAUGAUGGACAUAAUUAAAUGGACUUUAUUAGGAGCAAGUACAGUUCUUACUAUUAUAUUCGCCAGUUUUUAUGUACACAAAUAUCGUUCAAAAAAUUGAAAUUAAUCACAAGCUAACUUGAAAUAAUAAUUUCCUAUUAAAGGUCUUAUUAAAGCAUAUAGGAAACUGAUAUAGAAUUCCAUUGUAAUUAAUUGAUUUUAAUAAAUUAUGUAAGUA